AUGUCUGAUAAGUUUCGUCUGCCAGCGAGAUAUGGAGCCGGUGAAAAAAGUGUGUGGGUGGAAUAUAUUCAGUUGGCAGCCGAUUACAAACCAGCCGUAAAUCUGGGCCAAGGUUUUCCAGACUACCAUGCCCCUAAACAUGUCACUAAAGCAUUGGCUGAUAUUGCCAAUGGUGAUAAUCCCUUGCUCAUGCAGUAUACUAGAGGAUUUGGACAUCCCAGAUUAGUACAAAACUUAUCUAAAGUAUAUUCUCCAUUGAUAGGUAAAGAAUUGGACGCGUUUAAUGAGAUUCUUGUAACAGCUGGAGCCUAUGAAGCUCUUUACUCUGCAAUUUUAGGUCAUGUGGAUAAUGGUGAUGAAGUGAUUGUAAUUGAGCCAUUCUUUGACUGCUAUGACUUUAUGAUCAGAUGCGCAGGAGGAAUACCAAAAUUCAUUCCACUAAAACCAAAAUCAAACAAAGAGAACAUGACCUCGGCAGAAUGGGUGCUUGAUGAAAAAGAGCUGGCCUCACUCUUCACUAAGCGCACCAAAAUGCUCAUCCUGAACACACCUCACAAUCCGCUCGGGAAAGUGUUCACACGGGAAGAACUGGAAGUCAUAGCCGAUUUGUGCAAGAAACACGACGUUCUGUGUUUAUCUGAUGAAGUCUACGAAUGGAUGGUAUAUGAACCCUACAAACAUGUAAGGAUAGCAACACUACCUGGCAUGUGGGAGCGGACGAUAACCGUUGGCUCAGCGGGCAAGACAUUCUCUGUGACCGGUUGGAAAAUCGGUUGGGCCUACUGCCCAUCAAAUCUCAUGAGAAAUCUGCAAGUCGUCCAUCAGAACUGCGUGUACACGUGCCCCACACCCACGCAGGAGGCAGUAGCGCGUUCAUUCGAAGUGGAGCUGUCUCGUAUUGACUCGCCGGAGUGCUAUUUCUACUCCCUCGCCCGGGAACUCCUGCCUAAGAGGGACUACCUUGUGAAGACCCUGAAGGAGAACGGCUUCAACCCAACCAUACCGGACGGCGGUUACUUCGUUGUCGCCGACUGGACGAAACUAGGAGACAAAAUCGAUCUUUCAUCUGAAACGGACAAGUACAAAGACUACCGUUUUACAAAGAAGUUCGCGAAGGAAGCGGGUGUGCUCGCGAUCCCUCCCAGCGCAUUUUACUCAGAGGAGCACAAACAUCUAGGGGAGAACUUCGCGAGGUUCUGCUUUAUUAAGAAAGACGAAAACCUUGCCUUAACUGAAAAACUACUUAAAGAAUGGAACAGUAAAAAGUGA